GCCGCCUCUGCAGCUACCAUUCUGAGGUAAGAACAACUUCAUCGUUUUCACUAAAUGGUAAAGAACUGGCGAUUGCCUCGCCAUCGGUCUAACAGUUACAUUUCCCAUCCAUAAUUUUUGUAUUGGCGAACGAAAUAUCCACGAUGGUUCGAUGGUUAGUGACCCGAGAAGAAUAAAUAUUUAGUCGCAGGGGCCUUGUAAGUGUGGACGUUGUUAGUCCCACCCAAAAUGGAGCCUGCAUGGUUCUUCCUUGUUCCCAAGCAGACCGAGGCUGGGCUCAACUAGGAUGGGGGGGACGGGUGGGUCUCGACUAAAUAGUCUCGCCUUUGCUUCUUUAACGGCGUUUUUGUGUAAAUUGCUGAAGUCCACCCAUGCCGCGAACCAGAAUAGUAACAUUUAUCACCAAGAUUGGCCUUUCGUUCGCGCAUAUACGGCUAUAACGCUGAUGUCGCCGUGCCAUAAUUUGCCCGGGUUUCUACAGCGCUGGUUUUUGUGGUAUGGUCCGGUUGGGACUGCGAACCUGUGGGGUUAAAAUAGGGGGGAAUUAAAUGCAUUAUUGGUUAAACGAACUGCUAUACCUUCAUCAGCUGACUCACUCGCAACCUUUCAUUGUGUCUGUUAUACGGGCAUACAGCAACAUUUUGGCUCUGUUUGCCUACUCGUUCACAGCCAAACAUUGGCUAUGAGUUUCGCUUACCCCUACUGCAGUGCUCCUUUGACCAUUCUGUGUAUGAAGUUGCAUGCAAUUUGCCAACAAAGUGCAUGGUUUCUGGAGACGCCAAAUUCACAUCGGCACCUACGUUUAAGGCUGUCAGAAUCCCCAGGUUUUCCCAACCUAGUCCUGUUUCUUUAUUGAUCAACACAGCGCUCUAUGCUAAACAAAUUACCCUCAGUUGAAAAUAUCGCCGCAGCUUUCAUAAGCAAUCCUGUUUGCAUAUCUUACUGAGUGGCUCGAUAGGUCAAGAGGUGCCAGGUAGGGGCACCACGCUGCCAUGGAAACAAAGCAAGAACCCUCAGCCGCGUGGAGCCAGGCCGGAGACGGGGACACGGGAAAUGCAACCCAGGUGCACUUUGAGGGUGGGGCGGUGGCCCAGAUCGUGUACAGCGGGGAGCAGCAGGACCGCGGCCAGGAGCAGGUGGUCUACACUGCAGACGGAGGGUCUUACACCUCUGUGGAGUCUGCAGAACACACCCUGGUGUACAUACACCCUGCAGACGGAUCCCAGUUUGCAGAUCAACCUCAGGUAGCCUACAUCCAACAGGAUGGCACCACUCAACAGGUCACGGUUCUGCUGCCCAGCGGACAGAACAUGAACGCUGCAAACCUGCACGUCCUCAGCAACGUAGCGGAAGACCCACAAGCCCUCCUGGAGCCCGUUUCCCAGGAGCAGAUGUCCAACUCCCUGUCCUCCAUGACGGGCAUGGCGGAGCCCCCCCCCAGUCCCCUGGGGGCCACGGACUCCACAGAGGACUCUGAUGAAGAAGAGGACGAAGACGAAGACUCAGACUUGGACGACUGGGAGCCCCGUCUGCCCCUCCCCUUCACCCCCCACAGCCUGUGGUGCGAGGAGUGCAACUGCGCCCACCCAUCCGCGUGUCUGAAGCACGGGGCCCUCCACCCGCUCCCCAACCGCCCGGUCGUGUCCAAGGCCCGGGCCAGCCUGCCCCUGCUGCUCUACAUGGACCGCUUCAUGGGUGGGGUGUUCUCCAAGCGACGCAUCCCCAAGCGCACUCAGUUUGGCCCCCUGGAGGGGCCCCUGGUGCCCGAGAGCCAGCUACAAGACCACAACAUUCACCUCAAGCUCUGCAUGCUGGACUCGGACAAGGACGGGGAGAAGACGGACGAAUCGUGGGUGGACCUGUCCGACGAGGACAGCUGUAAUUGGAUGAUGUUCGUGAGGCCCGCCCAGAAUCACCUGGAGCAGAACCUGGUGGCCUAUCAGUACGGCUCUGAGAUAUUCUACACCACCAUCAAGAACAUCCAGCCCAAACAGGAGCUCAAGGUGUGGUACGCCGCGUCGUACGCCCAGUUCGUCAACCAGAAGAUCCACACCGUGACGGAGGAGGAGAGGAAGGUGUUACGGGAACAGGAGAAGAAUUGGCCGUGCUAUGAGUGUAACCGGCGCUUCGUCAGCUCGGAGCAGCUGCAGCAGCACCUGAACAUGCACGACGAGAAGCUGACCUCUGUCACCAGAUCCAGAGGUCGAGGGCGUGGUCGCGGCAGGAAGAGGUUCGGCACGGGUAGACGACCUGGUCGCCCUCCCAAAUUCGUCCGCCUGGAACUGGACCCCCUGGUGGAGACAUCGCAGGAGAUGAUGGGUUUGAGCGGCAAGCCGUCGCUGGAGGUCGGGAUGGACGGGGGCGACGGCGAGCAGAACGGCCUCAAGGUGGUGGAGCUCGAGACGGAGGUGGAGACGGGUUCAGAGACCCCGGACCACCUGGCGCUCUCCGCCGAGGAGCCCGGGGCGGCGGCGGCGGCGGACCCCCCCGGCCCGCCCGCCAGCCCGGACGUCCCCCCGGUCGUGGAGGAGAAGGAGGACCCGUCGCAGGGGGAGGGUGCCGGGGCGGCGGUCGACCCACACCUGACCUCUCAGGACUUGCGGCGAGCCAAGCGAAUACGGAAUGCAGCGCUGCAGCACCUCUUCAUCCGGAAGAGCUUCCGGCCCUUCAAGUGCACGCACUGUGGCAAGGCCUUCCGGGACAAGGACAAGCUGGAGCAGCACCUGCGGGUGCACGGGCGCGACGCCUACGCCUUCGCCUGCCACCUGUGCAACAAGAGCUUCCUGACGGACGCGGCGUUUGAGGACCACCUGGCGCUGCACAUGGACAACCGCUCGUACGCCUGCCUGCUGUGCACCGACUCCUUCGAGAAGCUGGACCUCCUGAAGGAGCACGUGGGCGUGCACGCCGGGCCCGACGGCUGCUUCACCUGCCCCUCCUGCAAGAAGUGCUUCAGCGACUUCAUCCAGGUGAAGAAACACAUUCGCUGCUUCCACUCAGAGAAGAUCUUCCAGUGUCCCGACUGCGACAAGGCCUUCUGUCGGCCGGACAAGCUACGCCUGCACAUGCUGAGGCACUCGGACCGCAAGGACUUCCUCUGCUCCUCCUGUGGUAAACAGUUCAAGAGGAAGGACAAGCUGCGGGAGCACAUGCAGAGGAUGCACAACCCCGACCGGGAGGCCAAGAAGGCGGACCGCGUGCACCGGUCCAAGGCCCUGAAGCUGAAGGUGCCCACGGCGGACCUGGACAGCUUCAUGUUCAAGUGCCGCGUCUGCAUGAUGGGCUUCCGCCGGCGGGGGAUGCUGGUGAACCACCUGUCAAAGAGACACCCGGAGAUGAGUAUCGACGACGUUCCGGAGCUCACCCUGCCAAUCAUCAAGCCCAACAGGGACUACUUCUGCCAGUACUGCGACAAGGUGUACAAGAGCGCCAGCAAGAGGAAGGCCCACAUCCUGAAGAACCACCCCGGCUCCGAGCUCCCGCCCAGCAUCAGGAAGCUGCGGCCGGCGGGCCCGGGAGAGCCGGACCCCAUGCUCAGCACCCACACCCAGCUGACCGGCACAAUCGCCUCGGCCCCCGUCUGCUGCCCACACUGCGCCAAGCAGUACAGCAGCAAGACCAAGAUGGUGCAGCACAUCCGGAAGAAACACCCAGAGUUCGGCCAGAUGACCCUCCAGACCCCCAUGCCGGCCGCCGCCGUCAUCAGCACCCCCCCCGCCGUCAUCAACGCCGACGGGACCACCACGGAGUCCGUGGCGACGACGGACCUGCUGACCCAGGCGAUGACGGAGCUGUCCCAGACGCUGACCACAGACUACCGUACAGCCCAGGGGGACUACCAGAGGAUCCAGUACAUCCCUGUGGGCCAGGCCGGGGGCGCCCUGGCCCAGUCCCAGCACAUUCAGCUCCAGGUGGUGCAGGUUGCGCCGGCUUCUUCACCGCACUCUCAGAACGCCACGGUGGACGUGAGCCAGCUUCACGAGCAGCACGGCUACAGCCAGCACUCCAUUCAGGUUCAGCAGAUCCAGGUCUCCGAGCCGACGGGCACCGCCCAAAACACCAGCCAGGUGGCUGGCCAGCCUCUAAGUCCCGCCUCCUCCCAGCAGACGGGUCAGGAGAUGAGUCCGAGUCAGCUGACCCCGAUCACCUUGACCCAGAGCCACGCCCUCCAGAGCCCCGCCGCGCAGCAAGGCGCCGUGCAGCACGCAUACAUCCCCAGCAACUGGAACUACCGUGGUUACCCCUCUGAGAUCCAGAUGAUGGCUCUUCCUCACGCCCAGUACGUCAUUGCUGAGGCCAGCACCGCGGGCGCGACCGGCAACAGCAGCCAGGUUAAAACGACCCACUACGUGAUCUCAGACGGCCAGUCGGACAUGGAGACCAAGCAGGUUUCCGGGUCUCAGACGCCCCCGCCGGAACAGGCAGACCAGCCAACCGAGCAACAGCAGCAGCAGCAGCAAGCCAAUCAGCAGCCCACCACGCAGUACAUCAUCACCACCACAACCAAUGGCAGCGGCACCAGCGAAGUUCACAUCACCAAGCCCUGAGCCCACCUGUAGCGUAGCAGUUGUUGUUUUGGGGGCCAGUCACUUGAACUGAUACUGCAUGCAGCCUCUACGCACACACUCGAUCACGCGCUACUGACACACACACACACACACACACUCAAAGAACUCGACGCAAACACUGGUACCACACCGGUGCAACCACACAGACCCUGGGGGUGUCUUUAAGGGUAUGAAACCAAUGACCAGUUUUAUGUGUCAGUUACCUUUCCCAGAAUCGUGAUUUAUUUGCAAGCUAGCGAAGCCUUUUCGUUAAACAUUGAUUUUGUUUUUAUGGGACCUUUAUUUUAAAAGGCAGUUGACAACAGACAUAACCAUGAACGAUUUAAUGAAGGAAUUAGUUUAAAGUUUUACUCUGCCUCCUACACUACUGAGUACUGGAGAAAGUUGGGACAGCGUUACUCGCCUAAUAACUAAUUACUUUUUGGAAAAUACAUUUGAUAAUUUUUCCAAAAUAUGUGAAAAGGUGGGGAACGACGAUGUGGCAAUUUUUUUUCUUUGGUCCAUUUUCAAAGGUCAUUUCAAAGAUGGUAGCUGUUGUGAAGGAGACUACUAAAUGGUUCCUUGGAUCUUAUGGUGUUGCCUGCCUUAUUGCACAACCCCUUCGCACAUA